AUGAAGGAAAAUUUCACUAAAGAUGCAGAAAGUACGGCCAUUGAAAUGUCAGUGCUAGCAGAAAUCCAAGAACAAGACGAGUCAGUAAUCACUAGAAGCCAACAGCAAAGUGGAUCAAAGAGGCCGACUGAUGGUGAUGAAGGGCGUCGAAACAAGGAAAGAAGAGUUGAAGCUAACUCAGAAAUAAUUUCCAGUGGUACAAAAAUUAAUCUGGAGAAACAAAAAGAAAUUGAAGGCAACAAGGGUGAAGGGACAGAAAGGUUCAAGAACUAUAUUAAUACUGACAGCUCCACAGAAAAAAGACCCCGUCUCAUAUGGAAUCAGGACCUUCAGUUGAAAUUUAUGUCAGCCAUCAGUGCUUUAGGGGAUAAGAAAGCUCGUCCGGAAAAAAUACUAGAGAAGAUGGAUGUGCCCUGUUUGUCGCAACGCCAGGUUUCCAGCCGUCUGCAGACAGGGCCAGUGAGGGGUCAAGUACGAAAUCAAGGUUCUGACUACGAAAUUGAAGGAGAAAAAUCUGAGAUCUUGAAGGCGCCUCCAGAUGGUGUUAAUCAAGAUGUCUUUUUUUCCCGCCUUUCAGGAAACAGGAACAAGGCUCCACUGAUGAAUCGAAAGAUGGAUUGUAUAACACCUCCAAAUCCUACUUCAGGAAAUGUGCAUGAUGCAAUCCCAACAAUCUCCACUGACGAGAACCGAAAUCUGGAUCCCAAAGUUUCAAAUCCCAAUCCAGACAACCUAAUCAAUACGGAUGAGUUUAUGAAAAACUUGAAUGAAGUGAUUCAAGAGCUGGAUGCCACAGCAGUCACAGGUCCUCCUUCCUGUUCAUUAAAUCAAAGUCAGUCCCCGUCAAAUUUUACUGAUAUGCUGAAUUUGCUUGAGGAAGAACCUGUCAACUCCAAAGGUUUAACUGAUGAACCAUGCCCAGAUGAGGUUGCUCGCUACCUUGAUUCACUCUCAGAAAUUUUACUUGAGAACGACAGCCCACAACCAUGA